CUCGUGCAACUAUCCGAAAUGUCAUGCAGUUGACAACUUUUGUCAUUACCAUUGUAACAAUCAAAUCAUCGUUUUUGAUACGAAAAAAACUUGUGAAAUAAUAAUUGCUAUGACGACGCCUCUUCUGCAGAGCAGAGUGUUUUUCGGAUUGAAAACCGAUGUUAUAAACAAUGCUCAUUACAUCACUGAUAAUGACAUUUUGUAUCCGGUUGGCAAUGCCCUGGCCAUACACAACUUUCACGAGAAACAUCAGCGACUGCUUCGUCUCCCGGAGAAGUACCAAAUUAAUCUAAUCGCAGUUACUCCGAAUAAGAAAUACGUGGCCCUGUGCGAUGUGGGCGACAAGCCGACGAUCUCAAUUUACGACGUUCACAGUCUCCGUCGUAGGAAGAACCUGGGUAUUCCCUACGACUGUCCUGAAGUCACCCACUUCACCUGCAUCUCCUUCAGCUUCGACAACAAGUACCUCGCAGCGGUGACAGACACACCAGACCAAACAAUGUUGUUUUAUGCCUGGGAGAAGGGAAAAGUCGAGUCGACAAUUAAAGUUCUCAACCCCCAGAAUCCAUUGGCCUUCAUCCACCAAAUAUCCUGCAAUCCUGGGGACAUUGCUGUUGUGGCUCUGGCCGGAAGAUUCUCCUUCAAGUUCCUGACGUGCUCAGAGACCAUCUGGCGACCCUACGGCUUCUCCAAAGCUGAGAAUCUCUUGAUCUCGUCGAUUUGCUGGCUCAACACUGAUCGUCUUCUGGCGGGUACCGAAGACGGUCGCAUUCUCUUCAUGGAGAAUGGUGACCUCAAGAACAUCUUCAAAAUGAAGGAAGUCACCGUGAUGAAUCUCAAACUGCGAGAAGAAUUCGUCAUUCAGCCGUCGGCGGAGAAAACAAACGAGGAAAUUCGCGCCUUGACAUCUUUUCCAAAGGGAUUUACUUUCGGCUAUGGCCCCGGAAAAAUCGUCGUCUUCGAGAAGGAUGGACAGCACAAGUUCCUUUACAAACACGUAUUCACGGUGCCAAGACAGAUCACCAAGUCCACAGAACUCACCGAGGCUUUGUACGAGAUAAAUUCAAUAAACGUAAAUCCCAGUUCCGAUCGUCUGAUUGUCACCACUGGCUGGUCCCAACUGUUCUCCGCUAGGUUAUGGGCUUCCAAUCUCAUGAUGGAUGUGAUACCUGAGGACCUGGAGAUUAUGGGACAGGCUCUCCAUCACGGCCCUAUCAACAGUCUCUCCAUGUGCGCCUGGAAAUCCAUCUUCAUUACCUCAGGGGACGAUGACAGAAGCGUCAGGAUUUGGGAUUACGAGUCUGAGAACUUGGUAAUGGUUAAGCAGUACCAGGAGAAUAUCUACUCAGUGGCACUGCACCCCAUUGGUCUAUUCUGCCUCAUCGGUUUUACCGACAAACUUCGAUUCAUGACUAUCACCAUUGAUGAUCUGUUGACGAUGCAGGAGUUUCCCAUCAGGUCUUGCAAGAUUGUAAAAUUCAGCAAUGGUGGACACCUUUUUGCUGCUGUCAAUGGCAACAUCAUCCACGUGUAUACGACUAUCAACUUCUCUAGUAAAUUCUUGUUGAGGGGACACACAGGAAAGAUCAGCCACAUCAUUUGGUCCCAACAGGAUUUUAGACUCGUUUCCGUUGGACUCGAGGGCGGCGUUUACACCUGGGACAUCACCACUGGAAACAGAACGGGAGAAAUUAUCCUGAAGAACGUCACUAUUGGUGGAGUUGGACUCAAUGCAGACGCUUCGUCGAUUUACUGCAUCGUCAAUCACGGAAUCAACAACAUCUAUGAGAUCAAAGAUGAUUCGGUUGUUCGAGAGCUAGCCAUGACGAAAAACGACCUGGCGUUUCUUCUCCUGGGAAAGAACGACUCAUUGUUCUUCGCCACUUGUCCCGGGGGUGUCAUCCUCUCCUUCAAAGUCCCUCUUCUAGAAUCCCUCGAGUACAAGGAUUUCCAUAUUCAUUCUACAAACAUUACAAACAUCAGUCUCUCCUUCAACGAGCAGAACCUCAUAUCCGUCGGUGAUGACGGAAGUUUGUGCUUCUGGAAGGUAGUUUUCCCUGAAGCCACACUAGACUCUGGUGAUCAGUACACGAGUGAAAUUUUAAUCGGUAAAAACGACCUUGGUGACAAAAUUCAGUCGAUUCAAGAGCUUACAACUAGAAUCAAGGAACUGGAGACCGAAGCUGCGUACAAAAUGCGACAGAUCGAGGUGCAGCACAACGACAAGAUGCGUCUGGUACAUCAAGGUUACUGCGAAGCCAUUGAAGAGCUCAAGUUGAAGAUCGAUAAACUCCACGAGGAUCGUACCAACGAGCUCAAUAACAUCAACUUUGAGAUCGCGAAGAUGAAGACAGCCCAUGAGAAAUCGGUGAAGGACAUGGAGAUCAGUUACGACAGCAAAUUGAUCGUUGAGUACGAUAAAUAUUCGGCCUUUGAGGGCAAGACUAACGCGAUGAGAAAGGAUUAUGAAAGACAACUCGAGGAAGUUUCAGUAGCGUGUGCAGAGGAACUCCAGGAGACCAUUAAGAAAUACGAGGCACUGCUGCAUGAGAAGGGAAUUCAACUCCAGGAAUUUCACGAGGAGAUGUCUCACCAGGUUCGAAUACACGAGAGGAUCAAGGAUCAGAUCGAGAAUGAUGCUGACAGGGAGAUCAUGGAUAUCAGGUCUGGAUAUGAGAGUCUUUUGUAUCAGGAACGUCAGGCGAACUUGAAGCUGAAGGGAGAGGCUGGUGUUCUGAGGAACAAAUAUGCAGCUAAUCAGAAGGAAAUCCAGGACUUGAAGAGAACUAUUAGUAAUUUACAAGGGGAACAGCACCAGUACCAGAAGACCAUUGAACAGUUGGAAAAAGAGGUGAUGGAUCUGAAGGGGGAGAUCAGUGAACGAGAUGCUGCCAUUCAGGAGAAGGAGAAGAAUGUUUACGAAUUGAAGACGAGUAAUUAUGAGCUUGAAAAGUAUAAAUUUGUCUUGAACUACAAAAUUACGGAACUGAAGGAUCAGAUUGAGCCGAAGGACGAUGAAAUCAAGGAGCUGAGGGAUAAAUUGAUGAUGAUGGAGGCGGAAUUGCUGGGGAUUAAUGGGGAGAACAAAAAUUUACAGUUGGAGAUCGGUAAUAUGAAGGAUAAAUUGAGUGGGGUUAAGCAGGAGGUUCAGGUGGAAAUGCAGGUAAAUAAGGAUCAUCGGUCGCUGGUGAAGAGAAUCCAGAAGGACUUGGCGGAUGCCGCUGCUGUUAUUCAACAGCCCCAAGCUCUCAAGGUCGCUGUGAAGAAUCUUUAUAAUCGCUAUAGCAGUGAUGAGGAGAUGCACAGGAGUCGACAGGCUAGUCUAGAUGUUGAACGUGAACUUAUCAGGCAGAGGGCACAUUUGGAGAAAACUAUUGAGUCACUGAAGAGGCCCUUUGUUCGUCAAAAGAAAAAAACCUGAGGGAAUUGCUUAUUUUCGACAGAAUGGGCUGUUAUUUUACUUCCCAAAUGUUUAAUCAUAUAAAUUCAGUAAUUUGGGAAGAGCAGUAUAUUAUUUGAGGAAUAAACAGAUGAAAAUAUUUUAUAAAAGAUGAUUUAUUAAGACGAUGAAAAAAGAGAACCAACCAAUUGAGCAUAAAUUACUGUAAUAAGGUAAUACCAAACUUAAAUAAAAAGAACAAUUUAAAGUAGCUCUACCCUACGACCCAUGUCUGCUAUUCUAAAGUCAGCAUAAGUUUUAACAUCGGGUAUAACCCGAAGUCUCCCCUCCCCUCUCCCGUCAUGUGGGUAACGCGGUAAUAUCCUGAAAUUACGCAUGCGCGAAGAAGGGAGGGGGUAGACUUCGGGUUAUACCCGAUGUUAAAACUUAUGCUGACUUUAGUAUACUUCUGAAUAUUUGCAAUACUUGUUCUUAAUUUUCCAACUGAAUUGCACGCGAAAAAUUUGAAUAUUAUAGUAUCCAAUUAGUAUCGUCUAUAUUAAAUUGUACAAAGCAGUUAUAUAUUUUUUAAGCGUGUGUUUCUUAUGAUUUUUUAAUAAACGAAGGAUCAUUUCUUAUGAAGUAUCAGAAAUUGUCUUGAGUUUGUCACAUUUCAUGAUGAAAAAAUCAGAUUUAAUUUCUGGAUAUCAUGGAAAUGUUGUUUUCAACGUAAAACACUGGCUUAAAUCUGGUAUUUAAAAUAGGCAAAACGGUAAAUUAAAUUGAAGAAAACGAUUUAAAAAAAUGAUUUUGAAAGCAAUUGCAUUUUCGAGAAUCUCUUACACUUUCUAUCAAUUUUUUGUUUUUUUAAUGCAGUUAUAUGAACUUAUAAAUUUUGUGGUAAAUAAUGAAAAAAAAAAUUUUUUUUCAUUUAUUGUACAUUUAUUGUAGUGCUACUCUAAAGGAAUUGAAAUAAAUGCCUUAAUAUUAAGGUUGUCAUCAUUUGACAGUCUCUGUAAAAAGUUUAUGUACCGUAAAACAAUCUAGUUGAAUUCAAUUAUGUCAAUUCAUUAACUCCCUCUAAUUAUUCCUCAAAAUCAAAUCAGUCAAUCGAUUUAAUUUCAUUCUGCUGUAUCCACCGACGCGGUUUCUACCCCAAACAAUUUUUAAAUGAAAAAUUAUCUAAAAAAACGAUUAAAAACA